AUGACUAUUCGUGUGUCUCGUAAUUCAUCAAUAUCCAUUGGCGGUUUUCAAAUUCAUCAGUCCUCCGCUAAUCAGCCUCCUAUAUCGGCUAUAUCUGCAAUAACAUACCCUUCGUCUUCUACUCGAAGUGUGACUCGUACUCAAAGAAUGAAUAGUGCUCGAUCUUCGAAAUCAUCGCUUUCUUCGAUGUUACCAUUACUUAGUCGAAACACUGGACAAUUUACGAAUCUAGUUGGCUCAGUUGAUAGUAGCAUUACAGUGCGACAACAUAUACAGGAACAACAACGUUUAUUAGCUAUGAAUACGAAGCAUGAUUUACUUGAAUCAGUGCAAGAUAGAGAUGAAAAGACUUAUCCAAGGCAAGAUAGUGUUUUGAGUUCAGCAUUUUCCAUGGCCUCAUUGCCGAAACCAAGUACUCGACUUAAUAUGCAGAGGCCUUAUACUCCUCGCGCAUCGAAAAUAAGAAAUCGCAUCACAGUCGAAGCCUUGCAAAUGAUGCAAGGUGCUCGUGAAGUGCCAGCACGCCAGGCACAGAAGCAGUCAGCAUCUACAUCUGGAGCAGAUUUAGUUGGUUCACCACCAUUGUCGUCGUCAUUAAACUCGUUUCAUAAUGUUCAAACGCUUGAAGUAUCUGCAAAAAUUCAAACCAAUUUACCUCAAUCAUCUGAACAAUCGAUUUUCAUUCAGUCUGAUAAUGUUGAACGGACCGUAUACCAGUCAAUACAAGCUAAUAAUUCUCAUACUGAUCACAUUCACCGCAUUAACGUAACUACUGAAAAUAAUCAACAUAAUGGUCAAUAUCCGAUCAACUCACAGGAACUUCGUUUGCGUUCACUUAUUAAUCGUAAUCGAAUUACAUCAAAUCGUAUGCAUAUUGAUAAUUCUAGCAAGAUUUCGUCAUUAAAACCUGGUACUGAAAUCAAAUUUGAACUGAAGGAAAAUAGUGGUGUUGGCCAUUAUGUUUUACCUGAAAGUGCUGCAGUGGAAGAUGAUAAAGCAAGUUUCCAAAGAUCCGUUUCGCAAAUCCAAGCUUUUCAAGUUCCUUCACCAAAUCUGCAGCAUCAGUAUGGAGAUCGAGGGCAACAAUUUGUUCAAUCUAAUGCACAAAUUGUUCAUGUUUCACAAAAUGUUAGUUGA